AUGGUGAAAAAGCUGCUAAGUCAAAUCAGAUACUCAGGGCCCGAAAAGUUUGCAGUUGAAACUAUUGACGUUCCUGCCAUUGGCGAUGACGAUGUCCUUGUACAAAACACCGACUAUUACCAGACCGAAUUUAGCCAUGAGGCAGCAGGCACCGUUGCUGCUAUUGGCAAAAACGUCAAGAACGUUGCCAUCGGCGAUCGUGUAGCAGCUGAUGCCUUACAACCAUGCCUCAGCUGCUUUUACUGUACUCGCAGAAAGACUCAGCUCUGCGAGAACAUCAUCGGAUAUGGCGGUAAUGUCCCCGGUGGCAUGGCCGAGUAUUGCAGAUACCCAGCGAAAAUGGUAUUUCCCAUCGGCGAUCUUCCCGAUCUGGAAGCAGUUCUAAUUGAACCCGCUGCAUGCGCCGCGCAUGGUAUUGAGCGGAUGCAGAUGGAGGUUGGAAGCAGAGUAUUGCUCUUCGGAUGUGGGCCAACUGGUAUACUGCUUGCUCAGUUGAUCAAAAUGAAUGGCGCCGCUCAUUUGACUAUCGCUUCAAAAGCUGGACCCAAGCUCGAUCUUGCUCGCGAACUUGAUAUCGCGGAUUCCUACGUCACUAUAUCCGAUGAGAAUCCCAGCGAUGAUAUGGCUGCCCUCCAAACCAACAAUCCUUAUGGUUUCGACAUCGUGGUGGAAGCUACUGGCGCACCGACUGUCCUCGAAAAGGCUAUCGAGUACGUACGCAAAGGUGGAAAGCUCGUGGUGUACGGUGUUUAUGACGAGAGUGUUAAGAUUGCUUGGUCCCCGUUCCGUAUCUGGGAGAAUGAAAUCACGAUUCUAGCUAGCUUCUGUAGCAUGAGCCACAUACCACAUGUACUGGAGUAUGUGAAUGCUGGGAGAUUGAAGUUGGGUGGCAUCGCAAACAAGACAUAUAAAAUCGAGCAAUGGGAGGAAUGUCUGGACGCGGUGAGGAAACAAGAGGUUGUGAAGGCUGCUAUUGUAUUCGAUUGA